UCAGGGGUGGAAAUUCACUUCCUGUAUCUCUCAGGUGAGUCACCUGGGCAAUGUCGUCGUUUGCUCGGGUUUUUGUCGACAUCAAACGGCUAAAUCUCUUGUGAGAGUUUCGGAGUUGCGUCUGGGACCUUUGUGGUUUUUUUUUUUUUAACCAUUUCUGGAUGCGCAGCAGGAAGUCAGGAGCUACUUUAUGUCAUUGGUACUGAAGGCUGACUUGUGAGAAGAAGCAUACUGUUGUUUUGCCCCUUUUGCGGCCUAAACACUCCUUGAAGAAGUCCACUUUUUUUAAAAUAAAAAGCGGUAUUUUACCAAAUUUACCGUUACAGGGGAUAUUUAGAUUUUUAUUUUGCUGUAAAUAUAUAUUUACACAGGACUUUUAGGGGGAAAAUGAACUCACUCCUUAAAGGACAUUUGGGAGCGUUGGCGGUCCUGCUCCUGAUGUCUCUGCUGGACUCCAGUCGCUGCCAGGUCGGGCAGGAAUGCUUAGCCCAGUUCCGGGAAGGUCGGGAGGAUUUCAUCCUCGAUGCAGAUGAGUCUGUGAAAGACGGAGCGACGUUCAUUUCGUCGCCAAAAUUGGGUCGUUACAGGGACUGCGUGGCAGCCUGCUGUAAAGAGCCGAAGUGCAAUGUCGCCUUCAUGGAAAGAGGAGCCGAGGAAGGCUCGGUGAACUCCUGCUUUCUGUUUGAUUGUCUGUACAAGAAGAAGUACGUGUGCCGCUUUGUCAGGAAGAAGGGAUACAUCAAUUACAUCCUGGACUCGGUUUAUGACAGUUAUCUGGAUGAACCCCCAAAGGAAUCUGACCGUCCUCCAGUGGCCAAUGGAGGCCCGGACCGGGUGGUCCAGCCUCAAGACACGGUGACACUGAAUGGCAUAGAGAGCAAUGAUGACAAUGGGAUUGCAUCCUUCAAAUGGCAGAUGCUCACCAAAUAUCCUUAUGCUGUCAUUGAGAAAACCAACUUUGAAGACCAGAUUGUCGUGUCCAAUCUGACAUCUGGAGUGUACAAGUUCCAGCUGACCGUCAUAGACACCAUUGGUCAGUCCGACUCAGUCAAGAUCACCGUCCUGGUCCUUACUCCUGAGGAGUCUGAGCAUCACUGUAUGGCUCCAAAGAAGAUUGGGCCAUGUCGCGGUGCCUUUCCUCGCUGGCAUUACAAUGCUGCCUCAGAAAAGUGCGAGGAGUUCAUGUUUGGGGGCUGCAGGGAGAAUCUCAACAACUAUCUCUCCAAGGAGGAGUGCACCAACGCCUGCUAUGGCUCAGAAAAAACUUCUAUAGCCGGUAGGGGUCUGCCAGUUCCCGGGCCACAAGGAGAAAAAUGUGGCACUGUGUGUACCACAGAGCAGUUCACCUGUGCAAAUGGCUGCUGUUUGGAUCCGGGCCUGGAGUGUGACUCAAGCUCACAAUGUAGUGACGGCUCAGAUGAGCAGAAAUGUGACGAGUUGAACAACGAGUUUCGUAUUCUGCUGCAGAUUCCAGUGAACGAACAAAAAGUGCGUUGCACAGAGAUUCCUGACACAGGCAACUGCAGGCACAGUGUCACAAAGUGGUACUACAACCCCAUCCAACAGGACUGCUUCCGCUUCAACUAUGGUGGCUGCCUAGGAAAUGACAACAGAUUUGACUCUAAGGACUACUGUAUUAAAGUUUGCCGUGGGGUAACAGAAAAGGACGUUUUUGCAAGAAAGGAGAUAUUUGAAGAAGUGUCUCAAGCCGAGACAGGUACUAUAGCAGUAGCUGCCCUCCUGGGUGUAGCUAUCCUCAUCCUACUAGGCCUCCUGGUGUUCUGCCUCAUGAAGGGAAGGAAGAAGUCUUCACAACACCAACGUGUGCCUGUUAACACCGCCCCGGUCACCUUGGAGGACAGAGAGCGCCUGGUCUACAACAGCACCACCAAGCCCAUCUGACCCCUCAGUCCUCACCUUUGACCCCGCCCUGAAAUGACACUGGUUGCCAGAGCUGUGUCGUAUCACUGAACAAACUCAGAUUGAUGAGAGAGGAAACUAUGGCUGAGUUUGAAUGAUGGAGGGGAUCUGUUUUUAGUUUGUCGUGAUGUGGAUGUAUUUUAUUAAGUGAUGUACGCAGAAGGCACAACGUCUUCAGUGAUUUAAUGUGAUGUCUAAUGAUAUGACUUUUAGCUUCAUUUUGAUGCAGUGGCCUGUUGAAAUGAGUUGUUGGAUAUCAGUUUGUACUCAGGUUAAAAGGGAAGUAUUUUCAUUAGUGCGGAGGUAGAUUUAUGCUAUAUAUCAUCCCAUGAGACCAGUUAAAUUUCAUAAAUAUUUUCUACUUUGUUGUACUUGCUUUUUCUUGUAAAUGAACAGCAGACCCUUUUUUGUCAAUAAGUACACGUUGUUCUGAUCAGUAUAUAAUUUCCUUGUCUUUUAAAACUGAGCUCUGGGAAUCUCUGUGGAUAUGUAAUGUUAUGUGAUGAUUCCUCCAACUCUCUGAACUCCUGCCACACCAGCUUCUUCACUCUGUCAGAUUUAUUUUCAUCCUGUUCAUACACCAUUGUUACAAUGGGUUACACAUGCAUACGUGACGUUGUACAUAAUCUUAGAGUUUUGCAAAAAGGUAUAUUUUAUGUGAGAAGGUUAUUUUGUCAAUUCAUUUUCAAGUGUCUUUAGAACAAGCAUAGUGCAUAUUUUAAAUAAUGCUUAUUGAUGCCUUUAUAAAGCAGCUUUGUUGAUUAGUCAACAUUUGAAACUUUGUACAUAUGACCUGAUAUAGAUUUCUGUGGCAGUAUCUUGAUGUUUAUACUAAAUAAAAAUAUCAAGACUUACAAAAUAA